AGUCUUGUCGAAGGAUCGAGCCGAAGAGGUUGACUUUUAGUGAGCGCGCGCGUUUUGAGUUUACAAGUUUAGCGCAAAGUUUAGCAAAGACGCCGUUUACGAUACGAUACGAAAACGAUGCAGUUGAUAGUGGUACUUGGACUUGCGUUGAGUUGGGGUAGUUGGUGCUUUUUGCAAGGAGCUGAAGCGCAAAACCCCUCCUGCACCACCCCGGCCAUGCAGCCGGGAAUGUGCGUCCCGGUGGAGGGAUGCCGCAAUAUCUACAAGAUUUUCCAGCUGACAAACAACAAGAUCCCGCCGAAGAUUUUGACCUACAUCCGGCAGUCGGUGUGCCGGUUGGCGGGCGUCACCAAGGCCGUUUGCUGCCAGCUGAGUGAAAUCGACAAGUCGGUGCUGGUGGACAAGCAGGGUUCGAAAAAGCCGUCCCUGCUUCCAGUUGAGUGUGGCAUCAUUACGACGGACCGGAUUUCCAACGGGCAAGCCACCGCACCGUUUGAGUUUCCGUGGAUGGCACUGCUGAGGUACAAAGAUAACAGCGGGACGAUUACGGACGGCUGCGGUGGGUCGUUGAUAAACGAGAGAUACGUUUUGACGGCGGCACACUGCCUGGGAGUUAGGAGAUUUGCACUGGAUCACGUUCGCUUGGGAGAGCACACCAAAAGCAAGGAGCAGGAUUGUAUUGGCUCGGAGGACGACUGCGCAGGACCGGUUCAGGAUAUCGCAGUUGAGUUGGAGAUUGUUCACCCCGAGUACAACAAGCCAAAGUAUGCGAACGACAUUGGAUUGAUUCGAUUAGUUCGAAAUGUGAUGUUUGAAGAUCACAUCAAGCCAAUCUGCCUUCCGGUGACGGAAAACUACCAGAACAUGCUGCAUCCCAAGUACAUCAUAACUGGUUGGGGAACGACGGAAAAGAACGAUCUUUCGGACGUCCUUCUGAAGGCCACCCUGCCCCGAGUGGACAAUUCCGAAUGCCAGCAGGUGAUGGCUAGCAAUCGUUUGACUGUGCUGCUCUCGGAUAAGCAAAUCUGCGCCGGAGGAAAGGAUCUGGUGGACAGCUGCCGGGGCGAUUCCGGGGGACCACUUGGAACGGUGGGAAUGCUUAAUGGGGAUGCUAGAUUCAUUCAGUUUGGAAUUGUUUCCGCCGGUUUGAACACGUGCGGGGAGAGGAACGUUCCCGGAAUUUUUACGAGGGUCGGAAAGUACAUGUCGUGGAUCGAGGACAAUCUCAAACCGUCCUGAUGCAAU